ACACACAUAACUUUUCUCUCUUCUAACUAUUGUACCUCUCUCGAAGCUAACCAUUGCGCUUUCUCUCGUUUACCUUACUUCAUCAAUAAAUAUCCCUCGGCCACCGUUUUUUGGAGUGGAGUAGAUUACCUGGACUGAACCAUUAUAUAUCUGUGUGUUGACCCAAUAUUUAUAUUAUUGCCAUUAAUUGUUUUAUUAAUUGUCUAUUACUUACACUUUAUCACACACUCGACUGUUGAUCUUGUAUAAGUUUAUUUUGGGCAUCAUCAGAAUGUAACUGGAAUUAUGAUAGGGAUUGAAUUUGGGUUCAAGGAGGUGCCUGUGGGUGGAGCCGCGUUGGAUUUGACUGGAGUUCCAUUACCGGAGGAGACCCUUUCAGUGGCAAAGCAAUCCGAUGCGGUUCUUCUUGGAGCAAUUGGAGGGUAUAAGUGGGACAAUAAUGAAAAACAUUUGAAGCCCGAGACUGGAUUGCUUCUGCUUCGGGAAGGUCUUAAGGUAUUCGCGAAUUUGAGACCAGCUUCUGUUCUGCCACAGUUAGUGGAUGCUUCAACUUUGAAGAAAGAAGUUGCUGAAGGUGUUGACCUAAUGGUCGUAAGGGAGCUUACUGGAGGGAUUUAUUUUGGAAAACCGAGGGGUUUUAGCAUGAAUGAAAAUGAUGAGGAGAUUGGUUUCAACACCGAGGUGUACGCAGCCUAUGAGAUUGAUCGCAUUGCUCGCAUAGCAUUUGAGACUGCUCGUAAGCGCCGUGGGAAACUCUGUUCUGUUGAUAAAGCAAAUGCAUCAAUGCUUUGGAGAAGAAGAGUUAUUGAAAUAGCCUCAGAGUACCCUGAUGUUGAGCUCUCACACAUGUAUGUUGACAAUGCUGCAAUGCAGCUUGUUCGUAAUCCAAAACAGUUUGAUACAAUCGUAACAAACAACAUUUUUGGAGAUAUUUUGUCUGAUGAGGCUUCAAUGAUUACUGGAAGUAUUGGGAUGCUUCCAUCGGCUAGUCUUGGUGAAUUGGGACCUGGACUAUUUGAACCCAUACAUGGUUCUGCUCCCGAUAUCGCUGGACAGGAUAAAGCAAACCCUUUGGCAACAGUGCUUAGUGCUGCUAUGCUUUUAAAGUAUGGCCUAGGAGAAGAGAAGGCUGCCCAAAGAAUCGAGAUUGCAGUGCUGGAUACUUUGAAUAGGGAAUUCCGUACCAGUGACAUACACUCGGCAGGAAAUAAAUUAGUAGGAUGCAAGGAGAUGGGCGAAGAAGUACUGAAGUCAAUAGAUCCCAAAAUUCUUGCUACCAUUUGAGUUGCAGUCCAAGAAGAUAUUUAGAGCAAUAUAUUUGUCAGCUCAGUAGGAAGACACUUUUCUUGGACCCAAUUGAGAAUGAAGGUUGUUCGGCUUUUUGACUUUUAUGUUUUUAGCCCCCUUUUCAUUUUAUUGUACCUAAACAAUGGGCUGAGGAUUUUAGAAUUUUCUUGGCAUUUUGAAGUGUUUUAGGAACUCUGUACUGUUGUAACUUGGGCAUAAUCUGGCUGUCAAUGAAUAUGAUACCUUAACUUGUUUAGGUGAGUGUCAUUGAGUCGAGUUGUCUUGUGUUUGGUUCAUGUUUAAUACUAGUCAACUCUCGGCCAA